GGAUUUUUACAAACAAUUGCAUAUGAAAAUUUUAAAAAAUUUUUUGCCGCUAUUUAGCGCUGGUCAGCUGAUUUAUUUCUGCUGCUUACCAAUACUGUACACCACCUCCUAAUUUUAUGGUAGUCUGUGAUUACAACAAAUGAGUUUUAUUUUUAAAUUUCUUGCAACAUUUGUGCGCAAAAUGCUGGAACUUCUGCAAUUCGGCGGCAAAACCUUAACCCACACACUGAGCAUCUAUGUGAAGACAAAUACAGGACGCACCCUAGCGGUGAAUCUGGAGCCUCAAUGGGACAUUAAGAAUGUUAAGGAAUUGGUGGCCCCGCAGCUUGGACUACAGCCAGAUGAGGUGAAAAUCAUAUUUGCCGGCAAAGAGUUGAGUGAUGCUACAACCAUACAGCAAUGUGAUCUUGGACAGCAAAGUAUAUUGCAUGCCAUACGCUUGAGGCCAUCGUCCCAAAAGCCCAAGCCAGUGCCCUCCUCUGUCACACUCGAGGAGGAGGAAUCACCCACAUCAGAAGAACCGUCAAAGCCUUUAAAUGAAACUCUACUUGAUUUGCAAUUGGAGAGCGACGAACGUCUCAAUAUCACCGAUGAAGAACGCGUUCGGGCCAAGGCCCAUUUCUUUGUUCAUUGCGGCCAAUGUAAUAAGCUGAGCAAUGGCAAAUUGCGUGUCCGUUGUUCUCUUUGCAAGGGCGGAGCCUUUACUGUACAUCGGGAUCCCGAGUGCUGGGAUGAUGUCCUAAAGCCUCGACGCAUACGCGGUCACUGUGAGAGUCUUGAAAUAGCCUGUGUGGACAAUGCAGCUGGUGAUCCACCGUUUGCUGAAUUCUUUUUCAAGUGUGCCGAACAUGUUUCGGGGGGUGAAAAAGAUUUUGCUGUUCCCCUAAACUUGAUCAAGAACAAUAUCAAAGAUGUGCCCUGUCUGGCCUGCACGGACAUUAGUGAAACUGUUUUGGUUUUUCCAUGUGCCUCGCAGCAUGUUACAUGCAUCGAUUGCUUUCGCCACUAUUGCCGAUCACGGUUGAGUGAACGUCAGUUUAUGCCACAUCCGGAUUUUGGUUAUACCCUGCCAUGUCCUGCUGGCUGUGAGCAUUCGUUUAUAGAAGAGAUACAUCAUUUUAAGUUGCUGACACGUGAUGAGUACGAACGUUAUCAGCGUUUUGCAACCGAGGAAUAUGUGCUACAAGCCGGUGGUGUAUUAUGCCCCCAACCAGGCUGUGGCAUGGGUUUGCUGGUGGAACCAGAUUGCCGCAAGGUUACUUGUCAAAAUGGUUGCGGUUAUGUGUUUUGUCGCAAUUGCCGACAGGGCUAUCACAUUGGGGAAUGUCUGCCAGAGGGCGAGCAGAAUAGUAACCAAAAUUCAUGUGAAUAUACUGUGGAUCCAAAUCGCGCUGCCGAAGCCCGUUGGGACGAGGCCACCAAUGUGACCAUUAAAGUCAGCACCAAACCCUGUCCAAAAUGUCGCACACCCACCGAGCGGGAUGGUGGCUGCAUGCACAUGGUUUGUACACGUUCUGGCUGUGGUUUUGAAUGGUGUUGGGUCUGUCAGACGGAAUGGACACGCGACUGCAUGGGUGCUCAUUGGUUUGGUUAAGGCUGCGGAAAUCCGUUUUUUUUUUCUUUCUUUUUUUUUACUUUUGGUUUCUUAUCGUUAACUAUUGCGUAAAAUUGUUGAAAUUGUUAGUAAAGACACAAAAAAAAAAAAAAAACAACCAAAAAUAUGCUGUGUAACGUUUAGUUAGCAAUCAAUUUAUGAUUUCAAUUAGAUGGACUUAAAAACAUACUUAAUUUUACUUAAUAAACUUGUUAGUAAAUAUAUAUUUUUUAAAAUACAAAA